UAAACGAGUCAGUGGAUUCGAUAUGGCACCUUCAGCUUCUGCAAUGUUAGCUACUGGAGUGGCUACUACUGCUGUUGCUACUACUGUCACAGGCAAUGUUGGGUUUCUUGUCCCUCUUUGACGACAAUGGGUGUGAGCUGGUCUUCUAGCUUUUUUUGUACAAGGAAGAAUUCCUGCAAUGGUUUAUGGGUCAAGUUCCUGCUGCAAACCCUGCUAUAACUGGGUCUGGAAUGUUCCCAAACAUGUUCCCAUUAACAACAGGGCAGCCUUUUGGUGCGUUCCCUAUGAUGCCAGUUCAGGCAAUGACUCAGCAGGCUACUAGACAUGCACGCAGAGUCUAUGUCGGUGGGCUUUCCCCAGCAGCCAAUGAACAGUCUGUUGCAACAUUUUUUAGCCAGGUUAUGGCAGCAAUUGGUGGAAACACAGCUGGUCCAGGUGAUGCUGUUGUCAACGUGUACAUAAACCAUGAGAAGAAGUUUGCCUUUGUGGAGAUGCGGUCUGUUGAAGAGGCAAGUAAUGCAAUGUCUUUGGAUGGGGUUAUAUUCGAGGGAGCUCCAGUGAAGGUGAGGAGACCUAGUGACUAUAACCCAUCUCUAGCAGCAACUCUUGGUCCGAGCCAGCCCAGUCCCAAUCUAAACUUGGCUGCUGUUGGUCUGACUCCAGGUUCUUCUGGAGUGCUUGAGGGUCCAGACCGUAUUUUUGUCGGUGGACUUCCCUAUUAUUUCACCGAGGCCCAAGUCAGGGAAUUAUUGGAGUCCUUUGGAGCACUGAAGGGCUUUGACCUUGUAAAAGACAGGGAAACCGGAAACUCUAAAGGAUAUGCCUUUUGCGUGUACCAAGAUAUCUCUGUAACAGACAUUGCUUGUGCAGCCCUCAAUGGAAUUAAAAUGGGAGACAAAACUCUUACUGUGAGACGUGCUAACCAGGGUACAGGUCAGCCGAAACCUGAACAGGAGAGUGUAUUGUUGCAUGCGCAGCAGCAGAUUGCUUUACAGAGGAUUAUGUUGCAACCAGGCACAGUGCCCACCAACGUCGUCUGUCUGACACAGGUUGUUGCUGAGGAUGAGCUCAGGGAUGAUGACGAGUAUGAAGAUAUAAUGGAAGACAUGAGGCAAGAAGGUGGAAAGUUUGGUGCGCUGACACAAGUAGUGAUUCCUCGCCCCAGUCCCAAUGGCGAACCGAUUCCUGGUGUUGGCAAGGUGUUUCUCAAGUACGCGGAUACCGAAGGUGCGUCGAAGGCGAGAGCAGGGAUGAACGGAAGGAAGUUUGGUGGCAACCAAGUGGUGGCCGUGUUCUACUCGGAAGAAAAGUUCGAACAAGGAGAUUUCCAAGCCUAGUUUGAUCAAACCAUCCAAAUGUCCUCACUCUGACUCUACUCGCCCUCUCUCCCUUAUAUGAUGACUGCAUCAUGUGUUUUACUUUUUUUUAUCCCCCCCUUCAGUUUUCUGUUGAAACAAGGAUAUCGAUCCACAUAAAAUUGUGCUUGUAACUUUGUUACGGAAUUAGAUUCCCCACUUUCUCCCCCAUUA